AAUUUAUGUUUUAAAAGUUCCAGCUUACCCUUGCCCAAACCCUCCUUCGGCUUCCUCGCCUUGCCGGGGACUCUCAAAACCCGGACGGGUUCCAUGCGACCUCCGCCUCUGCGCUAAAGUGGAGAGAAUCCCCGAAAACUCCAUGGCCUGGGAGCUGCUCCUCUGGCUCUACGCCUUCGCUUCUGUGAUCUCUCUCAUCGCCCUGACCGCGUACCAGCUUAUUAACUUGUCUGAUUUGGAGUUUGACUAUAUCAACCCGUAUGAUUUAUCGUCUCGCAUCAACGCUGUUGUCAUUCCAGAGUUUCUGGUUCAAGGAAUCUUAUGUGCUUCUUUCCUCCUAACAUGGCAUUGGUUUCCAUUUCUGAUAAUGGCACCAAUUACUUGUUACCAUAUAAACCUGUUUAUGAAUAGAAGACAUCUUAUAGAUGUUACCGAGAUCUUUAGACUACUACAUGGAGAAAAGAAGUACAGAAUAAUCAAGCUCUCUAUCUACUUCAGCAUAUUUGUGAUAGUCAUUUACAGGCUCGUGAUGUCUGCUGUCCUCUUGCUUAUGGAUGAAGGUGAUGGUUCUCUGGAAACAUUCCUGAGCUGAGAUUGUCAGGACUUCAUGCUUUAUCCGAUCCUCAUUUGCAGAAAUCUAGUAUGUGACUAUUGAAGCCAUCACUUGGGGUGUUGAAAGUUGUUCUGUACACAAUCCAUGGAAUCAACCAAAACCAAUGACUGAUCAAUUACUUGAUGUGGCAUCUAAUGCAUUCUUAUACAAAAUUACUAUCUAAUUUCUUUAUUUUAAGGAUUAGAAUUUUGCACAUUUUGAUAGUAAUUGUUAAUCAUUAGCCACUCUGUUUCUGUUUCAUCUUCAAACCGGUGAAAAGUGAGAGUUUAUUUCACCAUGAAAGUUGUUCAAGAAGUUGCUCAUUGACUUCUCGUUUCUUCAAUUUUCGGUCCAUAUCAAAGUCAUGUUAAAGAAAAUGGCAAACAGCAAAGCCUAGAUUCAUGUUGGUGCUAUAAUUUUGCACAUCAA